AUGGCCACGGAGCCCUCCACCGACAACUCAGCUGAUGUCCUUGUGUGCUAUAUGAGCUGUGCUAACCUGAUGUUGAUCGACAUUGCAAACAAACGCAUCACGAAUGUCGAGGACCAGAUCAACUCGGCAGACGUCAGUGUGAGUGGGGGGUCCGACACCGAGGCGUCGCGCGCAAAGGAUGGUGAGAAGGGCAUAAGCCGCACCGGCUCCUCGGCCAAGAAGCCGACCACCUUCAAGGCUGUCUCGGUCAACAAGACGUUCCUGGCCUCCAAGGCGAACCCGAGCGUCUCGUCCAAGACCAGCGACAAGCCAGCUGCGGGCUCGAGUACCCCGCCGACCGGCUCCGCCACCCUGUCGGUAUCACGACCGCGGUUGGUUGCAAAGUCUGGCAGCGGCACCGGCACCUCAUCUCCGCGGUUCUCAUCACUGGCGAAUGGCGGAAAGCCGGCUGCUGCGCCUGACCCAAAUGCUGUCUGGAACAAGAAUAGGCCCCCCGAACCCAAAAAGUUCACUGACGAAGAGCUCAAAAAGUAUGGAAUUCACAUGGCUAGUCGCCUGAAUGAAGAAGAUACCCAAGGGCAGAACAAAUGGGCAGACAUCGAUGACGAUGACGACGACUGGGCACCCGAGGUCAUAACUUGGGGAGAUGGCACCAAAACCACCCUCCCCCAUCCCGACGAGACGGCGAAGGCGGCAGAGCGUGCGUCGGAAUCAACCAAGGAUGCUUCGCCAGAGAAGCCCUCCUCUCCGGCGCCCUCGGCCGCCGCCACGAGCACUCCAGUGCCCAAAUCUGGGGGCCUUCCGUCUGGAAAGGGGCUGGUGCUUAAGAGCGCUGCCCAAGAAAAGCCGGUUCUCGUUGCCAAGCCCCCAGCGCCGCCGGCGCCCGCCAAGUCACCGUGGGCUACCUUGCCGCCUGUCAAGAAGGCAUCACCUGGAUCCGUAGAGACGGCGUAUCCGCCGCGCGGUUCCCUGCGAGAGUCAUCCUUCUCCAGUAACAUGGCUCCCCUACCUCAUCGGGACAUGGGGGCGGACGAUUACUCGCGUUCGACUUGGAGAGACAGGUCGUCGUAUGGAAAUAAGGAGCUCUUCAACUCUCGGUCCGGACGAUAUGAGCCCGUUCCCGAUCGACGCCCGUCGAUGCGUUCCGAUUCACAAACCAGAUAUCCCGCCUUGCUACAGCGUGGGCCUCCACCAGACCACCCAGCCGAGCCCUCUGCCGCGUUCCAGACUAGUCGUACUGCCCCGGAUGCGCCAUUUGGACGACGCCGCGGGUCCUCCAAUGUGAGCGGUGGCAGCGGAUCGUACCUGCAGCGUCUGAGCAAGGGGCACGAGGGUUCGGUACCUCCAGGCCCCGAGUUUCUCAGUAUUCGGAGAGGCUCCAUGGCAGGCUCAGUUCUGGAGAGCCCAGUAUCUCCUGUGGCGGUAUCCGUGAUGAGUCAGGGACAAUCAAGACACCAGCCAUUGCACGAUCCAGCCUCGCGACCCUCUCCUGGUACAAGCUACGCCACUCCUCAUCAGGGGAACUCACACCCUGAGCACCACGCACCACCACCACCCUCCCAUAAGCUGGAAGAUGACCUUGAGUUCCAGAAGAAAUUGAUGCGUGAAGGUAUCGAGCAGGCUAGGAAACGUCGGCAAGAGGAAGAAGCCCGCGAGGAGGCUGCACGCCGGGAGCGUAUACAGAAGAAAUUAGAAGCCAUGGGGCCUCCCCCUGAAAAGAAAUCCCAGGCGAAAGAGGCACCCAAGGGACAAGGCGCGGCGAAAUCGACGCCGAGCCAGCAACCAGCGCCCAGUGAUCAAGCGUCGGCACCACUUCCCGCGAAGGCAAACCAUCCGCAUCAAGCAGAUUCUGGUAGGAAUGACGCAGCCAGCGCACCUCACAUCGAAAAGCCCGGGUUUGGCCACAAGGAUGCCCCAUCGGCAAACACCGUCCCGCCGGCGGGACCGACGACUAGGCGGCCAUCUCACAGCCAGGACGCGGAGCCUCCCGGCGUCUGGGGCAGUCGACCCGAGCGGUUCUCUUCGUGGGGCGCCGGAGCGCCACGGAAUGUUUGGAGCUCCCCGGACAACGACAACGGGCUCGGAAACGGCACCUUCAACCCUCAACUCAGCCGCGUAUCCGGCGCAUCUGCCCAGCCCGCUUCAGCUGGUAACGCCCCCGCCCCUAUCGCACCUCCCACUACCAUGCAGUCUUCGCAUAACCGCAACCAAGUCCCCGCGCCUAUUGGGUCGCGUGCUACGCGAUAUGGAAACAUGGGAGCUGAGCUCGCCAACAAGUGGGUGACGGCCGUGGCUGAAAACGACAAGAGGAUGAACGCGGAGAAGCUGGCUGAGCGAACAGACCGUGAGCGUCAGAUGGCUGAGCGUGGAAUCUCACUCGAGGAUGCUCAGCCAACGAUCAAGGACACAUGGCGUCCCGUCCACAUCCCAGGCGAUGGGAGCAGGCGUGCCGUGAGUUCCAGUGAAGGUCAGCUGAAGAACGCAGAGGAUUCCCUGAUGGGUGGUCAGUCUGGAGUCCUUGGAAAUGGGGCUGGCAGCUCUGUCUUGCCCCCGAACGGCCCAACUACAACUCCUCAGUCGCGACCCUCCCGAUUCUUCCCCACGAGAGACGUGCGCACAGAGGUUGGCGUCAUUGAACCGCUUCGCCCCUCUACGCCGUCUCCUCCCCCACCAACGAUGGAAGGCCAUCCUGUGUAUGAAGGAGACCACACACGUCCGCAUGUUUCAUUACCCAAACCGCAACCAGUGGUCAAGCUCCCUCCCGCCAUGGUGGCUGCCCAGGCACUGCAAGCCAAAGCGAGUAACCCGUGGGCCAAUAGGGCACCCUCCAGAGAGAUAUCUCGCGCCCCCAUCCCUCAUGCAUAUCCUGCGCGACGGGUCUCCGAGGCGUCACAGGGAAACUGGCAAGACAAGAUCAACAACCUUCUGAAUGGUGGAAAGGCGUCUCCGCCAAAACAUAUGGGAAUCGACCCUGCGAGUCGGCACGCGCUGGAUCAUACGAGCAACCAGCAGCAGCCUACAACCGUAUCUCUGCCUACUGUAACCGUGCAGCACGUUGCGGAAUCUCCCCAGACGCUCACCUCGAAGCCCAUGGCAGAGGAAUGCUUUGAAGAGCAGGAAAUGGGCUCUCUGCCGCGGAUUAGACUUCCGCACAAUGCACCCGAAGCUGCAUGGCAGCCUGCCGCAAGCAUCAAGCCGAUGCCAAAGAGGUUCUACGUACAGCCGUCUGUUGCCGAACCAUACUAUUUCCCGGCCGAGGUCGCUGGCGGCGGAAAUGUCGUGAGAGUGUACUUUCCAGGGAUGAGUGAGCCUAGGACGGCCACGAUUCCCUUUUCUGCCGCAAGGGGCGGACGAGGAAGCCAUAGGCCUGGCAACGGCAACGGCAACGGCAAGAGGGAGUUUUCCAACAGCUACGGAGAUGCCGCGAAUCCAAGCAGUGGCAGCCGUAGCAGCCGUGGCGGAUAUCGCAGUCGCGGAUCUGAUAACUGGAGCCGGUUUUCACAGCCUCGCGAGCAAGGCUCAUCAUCUAACUAGGUGAAGAUGAAGCCGUCCUAUAUAAACAAUCUUUGACCGACCUUCUUGGGAUAUGCUGGGAAGGCAAGGGUCACGGCCGGCUCCCUAUGGACCACCGGCAAGCAAAUCAAUCACACCACACGCUUUGCUUUUCCGACUUACCUUUUACGUCGCGUUCCCAAUCUGACCUCUGCCUCUCUGAGGCCAUUGAUACGAUAGCUUGCGACCUCUUCUCUAU